AUGGCGAAGACAGACGUCACUGAAGCCGAGGUGGUCAAGGAGAAAGGACAGGAGCAUAUUGAGGAGGUGGUGUUGGCACGGUUGACUGAAGAGGAUUUAUGGAAGUUAUCUCAGGAGUCCCUAACCGUUUUUUCAUGGACUGGAUUUCGCCUGGGUCUCAUCAUGUUUGUGCAUGGCUGCAACCAAGCCGGCUUCGGGAUUGACUGGGGCGUGAUUAGCGGCAUCAAUGCGCUGGAGGCAUGGCACACAUAUUUUGGCUUUGGCACCAGCGGUGGCACAUACGGCCUCAUCAAUGCCUUGAUGAGUAUCGGCACGGUGUGCGGCGCUCCGUUCAUGGCCCUCGCCGAUGUCAUUGGUCGUCGUGGAAUCAAUUUUCUCGGAAACGCAAUUGUCAUCUUUGCCGCCAUUCUGCAGGGUUGCGCGAUUAACCUGCCAAUGUUUAUGGCUGGCCGCUUCUUCAUGGGCUUUGGCACUGCACUUAUGUCCAGCUCCCAGUAUAUUGGUGAAAUUUCCCCCAUUCACCUCCGCGGCCGCAUGGUCGGUUUCUUUGGUGCGUGUUUCCAGGUGGGUAGUCUGGCCAUGCUGGGUGCCAUGAUCGGCCUCGCCAACCUCGCUGGAAAUAAAUGCUGGAGAAUCCCCCUCCUUCUCGAGGCGGUAUUUCCGGCGAUUGUCUGCUUGACCAUCUACUUGCUGACUCCUGAAUCUCCACGUUAUUAUGUCAUGAGAGGCAACCGUGAAAAGGCUAAGCAGGUCGUGGCUAAGUAUCACACCACCAGCACCGACAUCAAUGAGCCUGUGGUUGAGAUUGUGGUAUCUCAAAUUGAGGAAUCCCUUGAGAAUGACCAGACUGGCUUCCGAGCCUUUUGGGAUUACCGGGUGUUCUUUACAAAGAUGGCUCGCUACCGUCUGCUGGUUCUGGCACUGUACUCAGUCUUCCAACAAUGGAAUGGAGGAAGCAUCAUCACAUACUACAUGGUCGAUGCACUUGAAACCGUCGGUAUCACCGGCACGAAGCAACAACUCGGUAUUACGAUCGGCACCACAGCGGUCUACUUCGUCUUUACGGCCGUCGGCUCUCUCCUUGUCGAUAAGUUCCGCAGACGAACUCUUAUCAUAUCGGGUUUGAUCAGCAUGAUCAUCUUCCAGACCGCAACAACCAUCACUUCGUGGCAGUAUAGUCUCCAUGCAACCCAUGCUGCGGCCGCGCUUACGCUCCUCUGGAUCUUUUUGUACCAGACUUUCUCGGCAACGCUCAUUGCGACUAUGCAUAAUUUGUACCCUAUUGAGGUGCUGUCGCUGCCACUUCGUGCGAAGGGUAUGGGUCUCUACAGUCUCAUUCAGGGUGGUGCGAGUGCAGCGCAGACAUAUGGCAUUAGCGUCGGCAUUGCUAAAGUGGGAUAUAAGAUCUGGGUGGUAUACAUCGUCUACAACACCGUCCAGCUGAUUUUGUCCUAUUUCAUCUUCCCGGAGACAGGCGGUCUUAGCUUGGAGGAGAUAGACACUGUGUUUGAAACACCUGGCGUGCCCCCUGUCAAAAUGUCGCUGGAUAUCCAAAGGGCCAAGAAGGAGAGAUUGGCAGCAACACGAGAUGAGGAGGCCCGAUCUAGGUAG